AGCCGCUGCGUGCUUGAACCCCUUUCUGGCUUGUUCCGGCUCGGUUCCCGGGAGUGUCUGGAUCAUGGAUGGGCCCCGGGCUAGUGCAGGGCUGCUGAGGCGAGGGCGGCUGCGGCGCCGGCGCCAGCCGCAGCCACACAGCGGGUCGGUCCUGACCCUGCCCUUGAGGCCCAGGAAGAUCCGAAGGCAGCUGCGGAGAAGUGUUGCGUCCCGCAUGGCCGCGAUGAGGGCCCAGACGCUGCCGAGCGAGGACUCGGAGGACUCGCGGGUGGAGUCGGCGGUCGACGAUCCCGGUGACCCGCUGUCUGAUGGGGCGGCGGUGGCCGUUCCGGAUGCGGCCCGGCGAGAGUCGUACGGCCACCUCGGGUCUGCAGAGCUGCUGGCGGCGCCGCUGGAGGCCCCGCCCGCGGCCCGCUCCCUGCAGACUCCCCGCGCUCUGGUGGAGGCGCAGACCCCGCCGGCCUGCCUGGUGGAGGCGCAGACCCCGCCGGCGCGCUUGGUGCCGGCUUCGGUGCCCGUCCGCGUGGUGGAGACCUCGGCCCUGCUGUGCGCUGCCCCGCACUUGGCCGUCCCACCGUCAGUGGCCCCUGCGACACUGUCGGGGCCGCAGGGGGAUAGCACCGGUGGGGAGCUGCCCUGGGGCUCCCCGCUGCAGCGCGUCCUGGCCGAGCUGAACCGCAUCCCCAACAGCCGCCGGCGGGCUGCGCGCCUCUUCGAAUGGCUCAUCACACCCAUGCCGCCAGAGCAUUUCUACCGGCGCCUGUGGGAGCGGGAGGCGGUGCUGGUGCGGCGGCAGGACCAUGCCUACUACCAGGGUCUUUUCUCUACCGCGGACCUGGAUGCUAUACUGCGCAAGGAGGAUGUGCAGUUCGGCCAGCACCUGGACGCCGCGCGCUACGUCAACGGGCGGCGCGAGACCCUGAACCCGCCGGGCCGUGCUCUGCCCGCCGCCGCGUGGUCCCUGUACCAGGCCGGCUGCUCUCUGCGCCUCCUCUGUCCGCAGGCUUUCUCCACCACCGUGUGGCAGUUUUUGGCUGUGCUCCAGGAACAGUUUGGAAGCAUGGCAGGCUCCAACAUUUACCUCACGCCCCCCAACUCACAGGGCUUUGCCCCCCACUACGACGAUAUCGAGGCUUUCGUGCUGCAGCUGGAAGGUAGGAAACUCUGGCGUGUCUACCGACCCCGUGUCCCGACCGAGGAGCUGGCCUUGACAUCCAGCCCCAACUUCAGCCAGGAGGACCUGGGUGAGCCGGUGCUGCAGACUGUGCUGGAACCUGGGGAUUUACUGUAUUUUCCUCGGGGCUUCGUUCACCAAGCCCAAUGCCAGGAUGGGGUGCACUCUCUGCACCUCACCUUGUCCACGUACCAGCGCAAUACCUGGGGCGACUUCCUGGAGGCCGUACUACCUCUGGCGGUGCAGGCUGCAAUGGAAGAAAAUGUGGAGUUUCGAAGGGGUCUACCUCGAGACUUCAUGGAUUACAUGGGGGCACAGCAUUCCGAUUCUAAGGAUCCGCGAAGAACCGCUUUCAUGGAGAAGGUGCGCGUCUUGGUAGCCCGCCUGGGACACUUUGCCCCUGUCGAUGCCGUGGCUGACCAAAGAGCCAAAGACUUCAUCCACGAUUCUCUGCCCCCUGUGUUGACUGAUAGGGAGAGGGCACUGAGUGUUUACGGGCUGCCAAUUCGCUGGGAAGCUGGACAGCCUGUAAACGUUGGGGCCCAGUUGACUACAGAAACAGAAGUCCACAUGCUUCAGGAUGGGAUAGCUCGGCUCGUGGGUGAAGGAGGCCAUUUGUUUCUGUAUUACACAGUGGAAAACUCCCGUGUUUAUCAUCUGGAAGAGCCCAAGUACUUGGAGAUAUACCCCCAGCAAGCUGAUGCCAUGGAACUCUUGCUCCGCUCCUACCCAGAGUUUGUGAGAGUGGGGGACCUGCCCUGUGACAGUGUGGAGGACCAGCUUUCCUUGGCAACCAUGUUAUAUGACAAGGGGCUACUGAUCACCAAGAUGCCUCUAACCCUAAACUAGCUUCUUGUUGAUUGCUGGAAACAAGACAAUAGUGGUUUUCCCCUACGACCACCACCUUUCUUCUAAAAACUUACGUUCUUACCUUGAUAACCUUCAUUGAAAUGUGUGCUCACAUUUACCUUUAUGACUGCUUCAAUGUCACAAACCUCAGACGGUCUUCUGGGAAUAACCACCUCAUCUAGGUACAAAAGUAAGAACAGAAGUUGGAGGUGAAAAAAAGGAGCUGUAUCCACAGAAGUAACCUUAAUCCCUGAGCACUUCAGAGCACCAACCUCAUCAUCACCCUCAGGCUUCAGUGUACUGUGUAACACUUGCUGGGUCACUCUGCUUGAGACAUUAGAAGUUUUUAUUUGGGAUUUGCAUCCUUCAUUUGAGUUUUCUUUCAUCAGUUUGGGGGGAGGGUUGGGGUCAGUAUCCUGUUUGUUAUUGUGAGUUUGUACGAACAUUAGAAAAGUUAUUAAAGUGCCAAAGAAUGUUUCCCUUUUCUAAGGCUAGAUCAUUAUGUGGGAUAGUUUGAAGGAAUGUGGGAAAGGGAGGAAGAGAGGGAAAAUCUCUAUUGGCUAAAGUGGAAAGCAAAUUGGGGUGGUUGUGGGAUGUAAAAGGAGCACAUCAAAUAUUUUUAAAGAAGAGAAACUCAUUGGGGCCAAUUCUUUAACUUUGGGGGUAAUUUAUUCAUUUUUAAUAAUGCUACUUGAACCCCAAACAGGACAGUCCUAUUAGAAAAUUUACCCACUAGCCAGGUCAGCUUCAUGAGUAUUUUCUGCUUCUGUUUAGUGCUUGCUUGCAUCAGUGGCUGGCAUUGCUCCCAAAGGGGCCGCACAUCACUUAUUUUGCUGUCGUAGGCCUCAAUUUGUAGCAAGCUGACCAUGAGGGAAGGCUGAUGUUCAAGUCACUUUCCACUCUCAUUUUUUUCUGGCAGUUGGAAGAAACCUCCCCAAAUCUGGCAAGUGAAUAUUCUCAUGGUUGGUGGAAAAGAACCUGUACCAGACUGAGCACUGGACUCGGAGCCUGAAGACCAGGGUUUGGGGUGGUGGCUGGUAGGUAGCUGGCUGAAUGACCUGAGGCUGCUGCUGCCACACCUGGUCACACAGAUUUUCUUGUUGUUUUUAGGUGCCAUCGAGUUGGUUCUGACUCAGAGUGACCCUGUGUACAACAGAAUGAAACGCUGCCUGAUUCUGCACCAUUCUCACAGUGGUUGCUGUGUUUGAGCCUGUUGCUGCAGCCACUGUGUCAGUCUCAUUGAGGGUCUUACUCUUUUUCACUGAUGCUCUACUUUACCAAGCAUGAUGUCCUUCUCCGGGGCAUAGACAUGCAUAAAAGCAAAAAUGAUAACUCCCCCUUCAGCCCCACUUUCCAGAGAUAACCACUAUUAAAGGUUAAGCUUUUUGGACUUUUUUGAUGCUUAAUCAAGCAUAUACAUAGUUUUUUUGGUAUUGUUUUUAAAAGACUCAAGUUUUCUAAUAUGGUCUUUUUUGAACUAACUUUCAAAUCAGGUCAGAUAGAGCUACCACAUUUUUUUAAAGGUAUAAAAUAGCAAAUGAAUAAAAACUUAAGGUCAGGAAAGUAACAGAAGGACGAAGAGGGUGGUGGCCAAGAAGGAAAGAAAAUAGCCUCUCCUGAUUAUUUCAGUCUUAUUGGGCUUGGCACCGAGUGCUCAAACAUCCAGAUACGGGGAAAGGCUUACUAAAGAACUCAAAGCAUAGGACUCAUCCCUAGGAAACCUACCCUGAAAAGUUUCUUGGAGAAGAGUACUGACUUUCAGUGGUGUUUGUCCCUCUUUGGGUGGUGAAUAAACACGUUUUGCUUCCUCCUUCACUUUUCCUAUGACAACCUCGAUUUUGAAUAUUUUCUGCGUUAGCAAAUCCUUUUGGCUUAGCAUUUGAAUCUAGAUCAGAACAAAUGAUGUUAAAAAAAACACCUGCACUAGGCUGCAAAUCAUCAAAAACACUAAUAAAGCCACUGAUUGCAUCAUGCUUAUAAGUAUUAGGUGGUACAUAAAUGCUUGAAAACACCCAGAUUAAAAAUUAAGGAAAGUUAAAGGAAAAAAACCUAGGGACCAGCCCCAAUCCCCCAUUCUUUCUGUAUGCCUGCCUGCAGAAAAGAAUGAAGAACUUGGCUUUAGGGCAUGGAGGACAGAAAAGGGGGACGGAGGGAAACAGUAUCUCAGAAAUACAAUAACCUUGAUUUUGACGGCUACGUAAUAGGACCAACGGGAUUUUUGUUUUGCCAAUAGGAUUUUAUAACCUGACCUUGCACAGAUGUUUUCUAUCUUGAAAUGAUAUGAUAUCUGUGUCCGGGGUGAUAGAGGCUAUUUUAUAGUGGAGGAAAGGGUAUAUAUAUAUGCUUAGGGGAAAAAAAGGGUCUGAGGAACUCUUGAAAGUCCUGAAUUUUCCCUUGAAAACACAGCUUGCACUUAUCUACCCUGUUCUUGAUCUCCUGAAGCAUUUCUUGGUUUCCUUCAUUUUCUAAAUUGAGCAUCUUCAUUGCCUGGUAAAUUUCCCUGAAAGAUAAGAAGGACUUCUUAGAUUGUUCUUCCAUAGCUUUAAAAAAAAGCAUGGGAAUGGGACAUAUAGGCAAGAAUCUUCAGUUCUAAUCCUAACUGUGCAGUUUUGCUGAGGUUUAUCUACAAAAAUAGUAUGAAGCUUAGCUUAUAAGGAUGUUGUGCAGUUUUGAGAUGAUAUAUUUGAAGGUACUAAUUAGGUGCCAUUUGCUGAACAUAACUCAUUAAUCAUCACCACAACUCGAUAAGGUAGACUAUCGUCUGCACUUGAUACAUGAAGAAAUGGGCUCAGAGAGGUUAAGUAACUUGCCCCGGCCCACAUAGUAAGUGCAUGCCACAGUUGGGAUUCAAACCCUGGUCUUUGACAGGGAGGGCUUGUCAUGGUAGGCACUUAAUAAAUGUUAGUUGAAUAAAAGGAUAACUUCAAACCACUGGGCAGAGGACAGGUGGUUGAAUUACACAGUAGUUGGUAAGUAGGUGAAUAACAUGGGUGAGCCUGUGCUUUUGUCAUCAGGCAGUCUGGAAAGGCAGGGACAUAGUCUGUGAACAGGGACAGGAGAAUCAGCAGUACAAGAGGCUGUGGCAGGAACCAGAGCUUCAGCACUUACUUUAGGACAGCAUCAUGAUUCUCCAGGAGCAGCACGUCUAGGAAGGUGUCCCUGACCUGGUCACCUUGAAGUUUAAGGGCUAGUAUGCUACGGCAAGCUUCUAGUCGUACACCAGGUGAUUCUUCGUAGUGGAUAGCCCAAAGCAGGAGAUCUGUCAGCUGGGGACUCACUAGGCCAAUCUGUCCCAAAGCUGUAGGGAUUGAAGGGAAGCAUGGUCCUGUGUCACUUAAGACUUGGCUGUAUCCUAGCAUCUAGAAAUGGCCUUAUUAGUAAAUAAAUGGUGUAGUCAACCACAUGGUGAAUUGAGUAUUACAAAUAAUAUCUUCCUUUCUGGAUGGCAGUUAAUCACCAUUAGAAUUUUAGGGGUAGGUUGGAGGUGAGCAUUAUCUCCAAAGGAUACCUAGGAGGGAGUGUUCCAUCUCAGCUUGUCCAAUAGCACAUGAGCAUAGACUAAUUUACAUUUUUAUCUAGGAAUGAGAUAUGGGACAGAAAACUCAGAAUGCCAGCCUAGUCAAGGAAGGGUGAUAUGGAAGGGAGGCACAAUUACUUCACAGGUUUACCUAGGGCUGGUUCUGCUAGGGACUAUCAAAGAGAAAAGCAAUGUCAACAAUUCCUAAAAAGAAAUUCUGGAGAAAUGAGAGGGCAAAGGUUUAGAUCUAUGUCAGACUUGCAUCUGGUCUGACUUUUAUAGAGUCCUAAGAUUGAAACCUCCAAGGGAAGUAAGCUGUAUCCAACAGUGGGUACUUACUUGGAACUUAAUCCUAAUUCUGUUGGCAGUAACUGUCUUGCCAUCCCUUUGCCUUUACAAGUUUGAUAUAGACCUAGACUCAGGAUCCUUAACUAAAAAGAAACUCCUUCCCUU